AUGCUGAGCCCAGAACAGGCCUGGAGCCUGAUCGACCCCCACCUGCAACGACUCACGGCUGAAGAAUCGAGCCUGCAAGCUGCCUUGGGCAGAAGGCUGGCGUCGCCGCUCUUCGCCACCAUGGAUUUGCCCCAGGCCGAUGUCUCGGCCAUGGACGGCUACUGCUGCCAGGGAGCUGUCGAAGCCGGCCGGGCGCUGCCGGUGGUCGGCACCUCGGCUGCUGGCGCACCGCCGGACUUCACCGUCGAGCUCGGCCAGGCGGCGAAGAUCAUGACCGGCGCGGUGUUGCCCAAGGGCGCCGACCGGGUGAUCCCGGUGGAGCUCAGCAACGGCGGUAGCGAGCAGGCCGAGUUCACCACGGCGCCCAAGGCAGGUGCUCACAUCCGCCGUCAGGGCGAGGUCCUGCGCCAAGGCGAGCCGUUACUAGCCAGCGGCGCCCAUCUGACUCCCGGCGCCCUCUCACUGCUCGCCGCCCACGGCCAUCAGAGCAUCCCGACCUUCCGCAGACCGCGGGUGGCGGUGCUCUGCACCGGCGACGAGAUCGUGCCCAGCGACCAACAGCCCGGACCCGGCCAGCUGCGCGACUCCAACUCGCCCUUCCUGCUCGCCGCUGGCCGCAGCCUGGGACUCGAGUUCGAUUUUCUGGGUAUCGCCCCCGACCAGCCCGAGGCGCUCGGCCGGCUGGUUCGACAGGGCCUGAAAGCAGACGUGCUGCUGCUGUCGGGCGGGAGUAUCGAUGGGCGACUGUUCGACAAGGUCAAAAUCCAGCCCGGCAAACCGCUAGUCGCGGCCCGGCACCAGGCCGGUUGGGUAUUCGGCCUACCCGGCAACCCGGCCUCGGUGAUGGCCACAUUUUGGCUCUUCGUACGCCCCGUCCUGCGCCGUCUGCAGGGUCACCCGGACAGCUUCUGGCACGGCGCCCUGCGCGCUCAGCUGAGCGCUCCCCUGCCAGCCAACAAAGCUCGUGACCGCUUCCUCGCCGCCACCCUCGAAACCUGCGACGGACAGUUGCUGGCCACUCCACACCUGCCCCGCGGCUCCCACGACGUCGCCGCCUACGGCCACGGCAGCGCUCUGCUACGCCUGCGCCCCGGUGCCGAGGCAGCGCCGACCGGAGAUGCGGUGGAGGUGCUGCCGCUGGUGGGUUGA